AUGUUUUCAAGAAUAUCCAAGAGGUGCAUCUCAAUAUCUAUGAAUAAUGAGGUUAAAUUGCCAUUCAUUCCUUUGGUUAGUGAGACUGGGUUUCCAGGAGCAAUUGGAAAUACUCCAUUGUUGAGAUUACCUAGAAUAUCUGAUUCCGUUGGAAGAAACAUUUAUGCCAAGGCAGAAUUUAUGAACCCAGGAGGAUCAAUAAAAGAUAGGGCAGCACUUUAUGUGAUUAAAGAUGCAGAAGACAAGGGGUUGAUCAAGCCAGGUGGGACUGUUGUUGAAGGUACAGCAGGUAAUACUGGUAUAGGUUUGGCACAUGUUUGUCGUGCUAGGGGUUACAAUUGUGUCAUUUAUAUGCCAAAUACCCAAUCUAAGAAUAAAAUCGAGACUUUAAAGUUGUUAGGUGCUGAAGUUUAUCCUGUUCCUGCUGUGGCCUUCACGGAUCCCCAAAACUACAACCAUCAAGCCAAGAGACACGCUGAAAGUUUGGACAAUGCUGUUUGGACAAAUCAAUUCGACAACAUUGCCAACAGACAAGCCCAUAUUGAAACAACAGGACCGGAAAUUUGGGCUCAAUUGAAUGGAAAAGUUGAUGCAUUUACUUGUUCGACUGGUACCGGUGGUACUUUUGCAGGUGCAUCUAGAUACUUGAAAACAAUAAGUAAUGGCAAAACAAAGUGUAUUCUUGCUGAUCCACCAGGGUCAGUUCUCUACUCAUACAUCAAAUCCAAUGGAAAAGAAAUGGAAAGAGGAGGUUCCUCCUUCACUGAAGGUAUUGGUCAAGGUAGAGUUACUGAUAAUUUGAAGCCUGAUAUUGAAAUCAUUGAUGAUGCUGUAAAAAUCCCCGAUGAAGAUUCAAUUGCCAUGCUUUAUAGAUUAUUGGAUGAGGAAGGUUUGUAUUUGGGUGGUACUGGAGCCUUGAAUGUUGUUGCUGCUGUUGAAGUUGCUAAAACUUUACCUGAGGGUAGUAAUGUGGUGACAAUUUUGGCUGAUUCUGCACACAAAUAUAGUGACAGAAUCUUCUCAAAAACUUGGUUGAAAGAAAAAGGGUUAUAUGAUGCUAUCCCAGAUCAUUUGAAGAAGUAUGCUGUCUUAGAGUAG